AUGAUGGAAGCGUUGGGUGAGGCACCACCCGUGUCCAUGGAGUCGCUGGUGACGGAGGACUCUAUUGUGACCGCGCUGCGAGAGAUUCUCCCGCAGAUGAACGCAGAUACGGCGACGCUGAAGGUGAUAAUGCAGAAGCUGGCGAUUCGCUUCGGCAUGGAGUUCGCCGAUAUCAAAGCGCAGUGGAGGCCUCGAAUCAAGGAGCUCCUGCCGGAUAUGCUCGAGCUGUGCCCAGGUGGGGGUGCUUCCGAAAGUGAAAACGAAAACGCUGAAGCUGAUGGCCAAGAAGGACACGACGACGAUGAAGAGGAGGAGGUUGAUCUACGACCCAGCAGGAAACGCACUGCUAGCAAACGUAACGCAGUGGUGGAUGCGAGCGAUGACGAAGGAGACGCGGAUGAGGUCAAUGACAGCGAUGCAAGUGAAGCUAGACUAGAAGAGGAUGAAGAAGCUGAGAGCGGGGAUGAAGACGAUGUUGCCCCAGUGAAAAAGAAGCGGGCAACGACUGAAACCAAGAAGCGGAAGAGCAAGGAAUCUGCGCCACCAGCGAAAAAGGCGAAAACAGUCAAGCAGGUAGACCCACCAGGACUUGCCUCGUUGAAGGAACUGGGCCGCGCGGCUGGUGUUCUCAACCCUCGAGUGUACAAACUCCUGAAGGCAGCGGAAACAACAGACGAAGCUGAGGAAAUUUUGCGUGAACGAUUGCAGGAUGCUGGAAUAUCUUUUAACGGGUCGUAUCCAACGAGCCGCGACAUUAGCGCCGCUAAGAGAAAACACGCGAAGGAGAAGGAGCUGGAGGGCAUCGACACUAGCUUGAUCAUCACAGGCGGUCGAUCGCGUCGUGGAUCUGGGCAGCGCAUCUCAUACAAGGAAGAACCUAUCAGCGGCGAAGAUGAUAACACCGAAGAGGAUGACGAGGAUAAGGAAGACGCUGAUGAAGAAGGAGAUAGCGAUGAAUCAGUGGCCAGCGAUUCAGACGCGUCGGAAGCAGCGUUUUAA